AUGUUCGACGUAGCAAAGACCAAAGAGUCCAGUCUAUGGGCGAAUCGAAAAUGUCUUCUCAUAUGUUGCGUGGUCGCGAUAGCUAACAUGCAAUAUGGGUUCGAUACGGCUGCUGUGGGCGGUCUGCAAGCCAUGCCAGGUUUUCUCAAAGUUUUCGGCUAUCCCAGUGACAAGAGCCCAACAGGAUAUGGCAUCGAUCCAACGUUCCAACAACUAAUCAGCUCGCUCCUCACCCUGGGAUCCUUCCUCUCAUCCCUCCUCGCAGGCUUCUUCGGCUCUUACUUUGGCCGGAAACACGCCAUCUGGCUCGCGUGUGCCUUGAACGCCGUCGCCUGCGCCAUCCAAAUCGCCACCACCUCCAAGGGCGUCAUCUACCUGGGUAGACUCCUCUUAGGCAUCGCCAACGGCUUUCUCGUGACCUUUUCCAACGUCUACACCGCCGAGGCAUCUCCCGCACACCUCCGCGGUGUAAUUGUCGCCCUCUUCGCCUUCUGGGUCAAUAUUGGCUCCAUUCUCGGCUCCACCGUGAACAACUUUACCAAAAGACGCAUGGACAAAGCCUCGUACCAGAUCCCGCUGGGAUGUCUGUACAUUGUCCCGACAAUCUUGGCCAUAGGACUAUGCUUCGUGCCCGAGAGCCCUCGCUUUCUGCUCCACCACGGUAAAGAAGCACGGGCAAAGAAGUCCCUGAUCCAACUCCGUGGCUCGGCCUUAACAAACGAAGAGCUUGAGAUCGAAUGGGCCGAAAUGCUACUUGGGAUGGAAGAGGAGAAAAAGAACGUUGUGUCCGUCGGCUGGAUUGACAUGUUUCGAGGCACUGAUCUCCGUCGCACUCUCCUCUGUUACGGCAUGAUCGCAUGCCAGAGCGCCUCGGGCAUCUGGUUUCUGAUCGCGUAUCAAACCUAUUUCCUGCAACAAGGCGGCGUGACCAAGGCGUUUGAGUACACCAUCAUGACGACGUGUAUGGGUUUUGUCGGCGUGAACGUGGGGAUGUUUGCCAUGCGCCACUUGCUAGGUCGUCGCUCGAUCCUCAUGAUCGGCGCAACGGCCUGUGGACUGUCCCAAUUAUCCACGGCGAUCACCGCGAGCGUCAGUCCAAAUCCGCAAACCACGGCGAAUGUGCUUACGGCAUUUACGGCCCUGUUCAAAUUCUUCUACAAUGCCUGUGUGGGCGCGGCCAGCUAUCCUGUGGCGACUGAAGUCGUGAGCACGAGAUUGCGUGCUUGGACGGUCGGAACCGCGACUGCAUUGGGCUAUAUACUCGCGUGGCUCGUGAGUUUUUGCUCGCCGUAUUUCAUCAAUCCUGCGGAAUUAGGCUGGGGCGUACAAUACGGCUACAUCUGGGCGGGCUCCAACUUCGCCUGCGUGGUAUUUUUCUUCUUCUUCAUGCCCGAAAUGAAAGGCCGCACACUCGAGGAAUUAGACGAGCUGUUCCUGAAUCGCGUCUCCGUUUGGGAUUUCCCUAAGUACCAGUGCCAUUUGCGCCAGGAUGCUGCGAAUGAUGUGCGGAUUAAGAGGAACGAAGAAGAGAAUAAAGGCCUGGGUAUAGAUAAAGAUGGCUCGGCGACGCAUGCGGAGGAAGUGCAGGUCAUGAAAGAUAAGAUGGAGAAAUAG